CAUCCGUGUACAGUUUCCGCUUUUUCCUUCUCCAUUUGCCCUCUCUAUGAGAAAAGAUCGUUUAUUUUGAUCCGAGAAUCGAAGUCGCUCUCGGAUUUUUCGUAGUUCCCAAUUUUAAGUUCCGGGAUAUCUGUUCGGUGCGUAGCUUUUUUGCGUCAAUAAAAAUAAAAACUUUAAAAAGUCUCGAAAUUUCAGAAUUCUAGAGGUAUUACAAGUUGAAACCUUUUUGUUCGUUUAGUUUUGUUUCGCAAAAACUUGAUCGAUGAUUUCUUAGCUACUGAGCGGCGUUUUCCUCUUCUUUCUUUGUUUUCUGUUAAUUGAUUUGGGAUAAUGAAUGGUUUACGAGAUUUUUGUUCUUCAAGUGGGUCGGUGAUGAUCGGAGUAUCACCAGCUGACGAAGACGACAACGCCGCUCUGUCGUCGGAGGAUUCGUCUUGCCCGGACGAUUUAGUGUCAGGGACAGAGCUCGACCUAGCUCUGGGUCUUGGCAUUGGUCUGAAUAGUCGUCGGAAUCACUCAAAGACUCGAUCUUCUUCGUCAUCUUUGGCUUCUUCGUCUUCUUCUCUGACCAGAGAAAGUGGAACCAAACGGUCUGCUGAUUCUUCUGCGGCUCCCUCAAAAGGACAAGUUGCGGUAGGGUGGCCGCCUCUACGAACUUACAGAAUCAACAGUUUGGUGAACCAAGCAAAGUCCUUGGCCACUGAAGACGGUUUGUGUUCUGACAUCCAAAAGGACACAACAAAAAAUGGCGUCGUGGCUGCAAAGAACUAUGAUGCUUGCUUCAUCAAAUCGACCAAGACUCCAAUGCUUGUGAAGGUGACAAUGGACGGAGUAAUAAUUGGAAGGAAGGUUGAUCUCAAUGCUUUGGAUUCUUAUCAAGGCUUGGCAAAAACUUUGGAACAGAUGUUUUUUCAGAUACCGUCUUCUGUAACAAGAUCAGACACGCAAGAAUGCAAGACAAUCAAGGAAACACAUGCUUCAGAAUUGCUGGAAGGCUCAUCGGAAUAUAUCAUCACGUAUCAAGAUAAAGACGAAGAUUGGAUGCUUGUAGGAGAUGUUCCUUGGCAGAUGUUCCUCGGGUCCGUGAAAAGACUGAGAAUCAUGAGAACAUCAAGUGAAACUGGGAUUGGUGCAAAUGAUGGAACAGAUAGAUAAAAGGAGAAAAGAACACAAACCUAUUCUUUUACUUGAGAGAAAAACCAGGUUUCUUCAAUUCAUUUACAUCUCGUUGGCCUGUUAAUCGUUGAUCAUAUUCACGAGUAUAUAUGUGUCAUGUGGUCGUUUGUGAAUAUCUUUGAAGGUAAUUUGUAUAUUUAGGGUUUAUCAAAUUUAUCUCCUUUUGAUCGUGUAACUCCAAAUCGGC